AUGAUGGGCGCCAGGGCCAACGCCAGCGCCAACGCGGCCGACUGCGGGGAGUACGCGGAGCUCGACCCCACCGGCCGGUACGGAAGGUACAACGACGUCCUCGGCAAGGGCGCGUCCAAGACCGUGUACCGGGCGUUCGACGAGUACCAGGGGAUGGAGGUGGCGUGGAAUCAGGUGAAGCUGUACGACUUCCUGCAGUGCCCCGAUGACCUGGAGCGCCUCUACUGCGAGAUCCACCUCCUCAAGACGCUCAAGCACAAGAACAUCAUGAAGUUCUACACCUCCUGGGUCGACGUCUCUGCCCGCCACAUCAACUUCAUCACCGAGAUGUUCACCUCCGGCACCCUCCGCCAGUACAGGCAGAAGCACAGGAAGGUGAACAUAUGGGCGGUCAAGGACUGGUGCCGGCAGAUCCUCAGCGGCCUGCUGUACCUACACAGCCACAAUCCACCCAUCAUCCACCGGGACCUCAAGUGCGACAACAUCUUCGUCAAUGGUAACCAGGGCGAGGUCAAGAUCGGCGACCUCGGCCUUGCCGCCAUCCUCCGCAAGUCCCACGCUGUUCACUGCGUAGGUACGCCUGAGUUCAUGGCGCCGGAGGUGUACGCCGAAGAAUACAACGAGCUGGUGGACAUAUACUCCUUCGGGAUGUGCGUGCUUGAGAUGGUCACCUUUGAGUACCCGUAUAGCGAAUGCUCGCACCCGGUGCAGAUCUACAAGAGAGUGAUCUCUGGUACUAAGCCUGAAGCUUUGUACAAGGUGAAAGAUCCAAUGGUGAGGCAAUUUGUUGAGAAAUGUCUGACCACUGCUUCCGAGAGGCUCACGGCAAGAGAGCUGCUCAAUGACCCUUUCCUGCGCAUUGAUGGCAUGGCUCUAUGUUCUGGGGAUGGGGAUUACACCCUGUUGAACAAUUACCUUCGGCAGCCCUACCUAAGGCAUGCUUACAGUAAUGGGUCCGUGAUGAGCAAUGGGUUCUCAGAAAGCAUUGACGAAGGUGCACCGACGGAGUUUGAAGAUGACGACACUAAAGCUGAUGGCAUUGAUCUGUUCAACGGCCACGAAGAUGAGCCUCUUGGCACUGUGGACAUCGCAAUCAAAGGGAGAAAAAGUGAGGAUGGAGGAAUCUUCCUCAGACUACGAAUUACAGAUGAUGAUGGCCGGGUACGCAACAUCUAUUUUCCGUUCGAUGUUGAGGCUGAUACUGCAUUAAGUGUGGCAACUGAGAUGAUAGGCGAGCUGGACAUAACUGACCAUGAGGUUACUCGUAUCGCUGAGAUGAUCGAUGGCGAGCUUAGUGCAUUGGUGCCAGAUUGGAUGGCCGGUCCAGGCAUAGAGGAAGCUCCUGACGCUGCAUACUGCCAUAACUGUGGAUCCAAUGUGUCAUCAUGUGGUUCGCUUUUUGACUACAUGUCGUCGAAUUCUCGUGGUUGCCGAUGUGCAGAACUGCAUGGGAGGUUUGAAGAGAUCACAUUCCAAGCUGCCGAUGAAGAGCAAUCUGGUUUGCAUGACUCAGGGGGCAGCUCUGAUGAUGGAAGCGCUCAAAAAGAGCAACAUGUCAAAGACAAGGAACCCAUACGCCUGAAUGGGUUCCCAAAGAUGGGUAGAAGAGGUCUUUCUGAUCGGCUUUGCUUCAGUUCUUUCCAGGAGCGGUCGUGCCCAACCGAGAAUUAUGAGAGCGACGCCGAUCAUCAGUCGAAGGGGUUCGACAUAAAGCAUGAAGUGAAGAUGGCCAAGUACAAAGCGCGGAAAAUGGCACACCUGAAGAGAGCUAUUCAUCCAUCUCUGGACUUCGACAACACCACCAAUGGAGCAAGCAGGACGAAGCCUACACUGAGCAAGCUGGAGUCUUUCCAUGUUGGCAAGCACCACAAUUUCCGUGUACCGACCUGCCAGCGAAGCCCCGGCACAGCAAGUAGCCCUGGCACAGCAAGCACCGAUCAGCAUUCAGGCAUGAGUAACCAAGUGUGUCCGAGCCCAGGAGCCCAAAGGGCCCUGCGCACCGAGAGCAGCCCGGACUGUAUGUUCACAGCCAGAAACUAUUAUACUGGAGCUCAGUUGCCACCAAACCUCCCAAGAACAAAAUCUGUACCCCUAAGCGCCAUGGACGCCUGA